CUGUCCGCCACACCCGCCUCCCGCAUAUCCUGUACCUCUUGAUCACUGUUAAUACUCUCCAUUUAGCCUCAAUUUAAAGCAGGAAUUCAACUAAGCUUUCUUGUGGAUGAUGGGCAGUUUAAGGAAGCAUACAUACCGCCUUGCCAGGUGCCUGGUCGGCGUCCUGCGGGCUGCGGGGCCUUCCCUGCUGCCGGGCUGUGGGCGCUUUAGUAGCGUGCGCCUCCUACUCACCCUAUCGUUCUUUCUCCCCCAUGAUUCAUACUGACUGCAAUUCUUUAAGCAACAUCAUGGCAGUGUUAGACAUGAGCGGUGUGGUGUUGGUGGUUGGGUCAGGGGGUCGGGAGCAUGCCCUCACCCUGGCCCUGGCUUCCUGCCCUGCUGUGACCUCUGUGCUGGUGACCCCGGGCAAUGCUGGGACUCUCGCCGCCCCCAAGACUUCCCACAUCACCCUGCCUCUGAAGGAUCACCAGCUUUGCAGCGAAUGUUUGCAUCUCCCGCGGGAAAAUAAAAAUAGGAGAUAGUUGAAAGGCGGUGGCAGCGGUGUGUGUGGAGCGCGGCGUGAGUCUGGUGGUGGUGGGGCCUGAGGAUCCCUUGGCACAGGGUCUGGCCAACUCUCUCACUGCUGCAGGCAUCAAGGUGUUCGGCCCCACCAAGGAGGCAGCAAGGAUUGAGGCGGACAAGUCUUGGGCAAAAUCCUUCAUGAACAGACACGGCAUCCCCACCGCCGCCCACCAGACCUUCACCAACACGCAGGAUGCUAAAACAUUCAUCAACAAGCAGCAGUGGGCCGGGUUUGCUGUCAAGGCCUCAGGGUUGUCAGCAGGGAAGGGCGUCAUUGUGGCGGACACAGCAGCUGAUGCCUGUCAAGCCGUGGACACCAUCAUUAGUAGCUUUGGGGAGGCUGGCCAGACCAUUGUGGUGGAGGAGAAGCUGGUGGGAGAGGAGAUAUCAGUGUUGUGCUUCACAGACGGCACUGAUGCUGCCGUGAUGCCGCCCGCUCAGGACCACAAGCGGCUCGGGGAGGGUGACCUGGGACCCAACACAGGGGGCAUGGGAGCCUACUGCCCCUGUCCCCUUGCCUCACAGCAGGACCUGGACACCAUAAAGAAAGAUGUCCUGCAAAAGGCUGUGGAUGGACUCAGGAAGGAAGGAAUGCCUUUUGUGGGUGUGCUGUAUGCCGGCCUGAUGCUCACUGUGGAUGGCCCAAAGGUGCUCGAGUUCAACUGUCGCUUUGGGGAUCCCGAGACUCAGGUGCUGCUUCCCUUGCUGGAGGGGGACCUGUAUGAUAUCAUGAUGGCGUGUGUGGAGGGCCGGCUUGGUGAGACGAGUGUCCCCUUCAGCCAGGACAAGAGCUGUGUGGGGGUGUGUGUGGUGAGUGGAGGCUACCCAGGCAGCUAUCCAAAGGGCAAAACCAUAACAGGUGUGGAGGAGGUAUCAGGAGAGGCAGGGGUGCAGGUGAUCCACGCUGGCACCAAGAGGGAGGGAGACACACUAGUCACCUCUGGGGGUCGUGUGCUGGCAGUGGUGGUGACGGGGACAGUCUUGAAGGACACUGCUGCCAGGGCCACACAGCUGGCCAGACGCAUCACCUUUGAGGGCGCCACCUUCAGGAGGGACAUUGCUGCCCGGGCCACUAAGGUCACCUCUAGGUUUGGUGGUGCAGGAGUCACGUACAAGGACAGCGGGGUGGACAUCAAUGCCGGGAAUGAGUUUGUGGCAGCCAUCAAGGAAGCUGCCGCUGCCACAGCCUGCCCCGGGGUGAUGGCUGGCCUGGGCUCCUUUGGCGGACUUUUUGAUCUCCGGCAGACUGGCUUCAAGGAUCCCAUUCUGGUGUCUGGCACUGACGGGGUUGGCACUAAGCUGAAGGUGGCCCAGGCAGCAGGGAUGCACGACACAGUGGGCCAAGACCUGGUGGCCAUGUGUGUCAAUGACGUGCUGGUCCACGGUGCCCAGCCACUCUUCUUCCUGGACUACUACUCCACGGGGCGGCUGGAGGGGAAGGUGGCGGCCAGUGUGGUGAAGGGCGUGGCUCGGGCAUGUUCCAUUGCUGGCUGUGCCCUCAUUGGCGGCGAGACAGCAGAGAUGCCGGGGAUGUAUGCUGGAGGGGAGUAUGACCUGGCAGGCUUCACAGUGGGGGCCGUGGAGAGAGGCAACAUGCUGCCCCGCACUGAGGAGGUGGCUGAGGGGGAUGUGCUGGUGGGCCUGCCUUCCUCCGGCCUGCACAGCAACGGGUUCAGCCUGGUGCGCAGGAUUGUGGAGGCUCAGGACCUAAAGUACAGCGACCCAGCACCCUUCAACCCAGACAACACACUUGGUGCUGAGCUGCUCACCCCCACCAGGAUCUACUGCAGGAGUCUGGCCAAGGUGCUGGAAGGGGGCUUGGUCAAGGCUGCAGCACACAUCACUGGAGGUGGCCUGCUGGAGAACCUGCCAAGAGUCCUACCAAGCCAACUGAGUGCACACCUGCAGGCAUCACAGUGGCCCCUGCACCCUGUGUUUGGCUGGCUGGCAGCUCAUGGUGUGUGCAGUGAAGAGAUGGCCCGUACCUUCAACUGUGGCCUGGGCAUGGUGCUGGUGGUGGCCGCAGACAAGGUCACAGAGGUCAUCGCUCUCAUCCCAGGUGGAGAAGCUCGACAGGUUGGCCGACUAGUGGCCCAGAAGGAAGGGAUGCCACAGGUGGUGGUGGAGGAACUGGAGCAGAUACUAAGUGAUGCGACAGCACCCUUUCUGACUCGGUGCCCAUCUCUCACCACUCCACGCAGGAGAGUGGCAGUGCUCAUCUCUGGCACAGGAACCAACCUGCAGGCACUACUGGAUCACACCAAAGCCGGCCUUAGUAGUGCCGAGGUGGUGGUGGUGGUUAGCAAUGUGGCCGGCGUGAAGGGCCUGCAGCGGGCACAGGAGGCGGGUGUUGCCACCAAGGUGGUUCCUCACAAGAACUACAAGAGCCGUGAGGAGUUUGAGGCGGCAGUGAACGCUGAGCUGCAGGCUGCCCAAGUGGAGCUGAUCUGCCUGGCCGGCUUUAUGCGCAUCCUGACUGGCUCCUUUGUGCGGGCGUGGCGUGGCCGCCUGCUUAACGUCCACCCCUCACUGCUGCCAGCUUUCAAGGGGAUGCAUGCCCAGCGCCAGGCACUGCAGGCCGGCGUCACUCUCACCGGAUGCACCGUACACUUUGUCUCGGAGGAGGUGGACUGUGGAGCAAUAGUCACGCAGGAAGCAGUGCCUGUCCUGCCAGGAGACACUGAGGAAGCCUUGGUGGAGCGCAUCAAAACAGCAGAGCACCGGGCAUAUCCCAGGGCAAUGGAGCUGGUGGCCCGGGGCAAGGUGGUGCUGAGGGAGGACGGCACGUGCAUCAGGUCAUAGUGGGCCACACCAGUCUGGAAUGUUGACUAAGGAUUACAACGGGUUAAAAAAAAACAAGAGUAAAGAUCAGCUUGAUUUGAAUCAUUUAAUUCAAAUCAACAUUGAUAUGCAUUCCUUCUUCCAAAACUUUUUUUUUUUGACUCCACAAAUCAACAUUAUUUACAUUUUUACUUGUGCUUGUGUUCACAAAUACAGGAAAGCAUUAAGUUAACUGAUUGGGGGAGAGAGAUCUUUCAUGUGAUGUUUGUGGAUAUAGUUGAAUUAAGAAUUGAAUAGAAAAAAGUAAAGUGGAUAUAGUUGAAUUAUGAAUUGAAUAGAAAAAAGUAAAACUAACUAGUAAAUUUGUUCAUAUAUUACCAAACUCUAUUAUUGUAUGGAAGUAAUGUGUUUGCACUUUACUGCUUCAGUAAAGAUGAGCUGCUCAAGUAAAUGGUAAGUAAGGGAUUGUUAUGCAGUACAAACAAUUUAAUAAAACUGACAAAUCCA